AACAAAUCUCGUUGGAUACUACGCCUGCAAUUGCUCCGCCCACUACAGCGAGAGCUCAUUGGCUGGAUCAGGUGAAGUUGAACUUGUCGGAGAUUGGUCCGAGAUUGCUGGAAACAUGUGUUGGCGUGUCCUAACCCAUGCUUAAUAUACUACACGUGCUCUUAAGCCAAGAAGAAGAAGAAAUUGUUCGCAUUCACUAAUGUCUGCGUAAAGUCGUCUCACUGUGUGCCUCUCGUGAGCAAGAAGUGAGACCAUUCGGUGACCUUUCAACUCACUUUCAUCCUUUCUUCGGAAUCGUGCUCACUUCCACCAUGCAUCUAAGCAUCUUGGUCGAUAGCGCCGGUGUUCAUUGGGUACGAAACUAGGGCAAUCGGGUUGGUACGCAAAGCAAAAGUAGUUCAAAACAAUGCAAACCCGCAGCAUUGCCAAUGCAUAGUGCUGUGAGGCAGAAAACAAUCUCUUCUCAAGUCCAAUCGUGUCCAAAUCCAUUGCUCGCGUGCCUGGCGUACCACACCGGAAGACGUAACGCACCGGGGUAAGGAUGACGGGAGAUCCGCUGACUGAGCCGAUACUUGUGACCGGUGGCUACGACCACACGAUCCGCGUUUGGCAACCGUACACCAGCCAGUGUGUCCGCACGAUGCAGCACGUCGACUCGCAAGUGAAUUCGUUGGACAUCUCGCCCAAGCGUAACAUGGUGGCGGCCUGCGGCUAUCAGCACAUCCGCCUGUACGAUCUCGUGUCCAACUAUCCGAUCGUGAACUUCGAGGGCGUGAUGAAGAACGUGACGCGGGUCGGCUUUCAGGAGGAUGGCAAAUGGAUGUUUACCGGCGGCGAGGAUGGGAAGGUACGGAUCUGGGACAUGAGUUCGCCGAACCCGGCCUGCAAGCGCAUCUUCGACUGCCAGAGCCCGGUGAAUGCGGUCUGUCUGCUGCCAAACCAGGUGGAGCUGCUGAUGGCCCAUCAGGGCGGUGGGAUCUACCUGUGGGACGUGAAGUCGGACCAGCACGACCAUCUCCUGCCGGAGGUCGAGUGUUCGAUACAGGAUGUGGCGGUCAGCCCGAACGGUGCGUACAUGGCGGCCAUCAACAACAAGGGCAGCUGCUUCAUCUGGAUGCUCACGAGCUGGAGCGGUCCACCGGGGCAGGAGAUACAGUUGACCCGGUCGGAUGCGAAGCUAAAGAUACAGGCGCACGAGAAGUAUGGGUUGCGGUGUAAGUUCAGUCCCGAUUCGAGCCUGCUGGUGACCUGCUCCGGUGACAGUACGGCACGGAUCUACUCGACCGACACGUGGACGCUGCAGGCGGAGUUGCGCAUCGACCGGUACUGGGUGUGGGAUGCUGCGUUCAACAAUGACUCCAAGUACCUGUUCACUGCUUCCUCGGACAGUUUGGUGCGGUUGUGGCGCAUCGACACAAAGACGGUUGAGCGCGAGUACGCGGGCCACCUGAAAGCGAUCACGGCACUAGCGUUCCAGGAUGAGCCGGUGCGCAACACGACCGACACCACCGGUACGGGCCUUUCGUCCACCCACUAGCAGCUUACCGCUCGUCAAUCUUUUGCAAGGUGUCCGGGCAGAACUCGCCCUGGGAGUCAGGAACACUGGCUUACGAUGCGGUGGACAGUUAACAGAUAAUUUUACCUACAGAUAGCCCCACCUAAUCUUGAACCAGUGGGCCGAACAUUAUAUCGUUAUGCGUUACCAAAAACAGGCGGCUGUUCUGUGACUGGAUGAAACCAACCCUUUUGCACUUCAGCGUGAGCCAACAUUUUUGAUCCACCUCCUCGGGGGGGUGGAUGUUACGGAUUCCGGCGGGUUUGUCUGAUCCAUCUUCUAUUUCUAUGGAAUAUCCGGUCCUGCUUCUAUCUCGACCACCGCUGGACCCACUCCCGGCUUUUACUUCAAGGACGGGAAACCACGAACGGUGUUGUCUCGGAUGGCUAGGAUUAACUCACCCUUAUUUGUUAAACAUGUUUCUGUGCAGGAAACCAAGAAAGAUGCAUAGCUUAAGUUUCGUUUUAUAAAACCCUCCUGCCGGUUGACCGAUUUUGAUAAUGUCAGUUUGUAGCGAGAGUUGGUCAUCGUAGAGGUCUCACUGAUGAGAUUGAAAUAAAAUUCGUUAGCACGUCUGCAUCGAGUUCGUCUGUGUGCGUUAGAUUGCCAGUGUAUAAAUGUCGUGCUUAAAAGGCAUAUUGCUAUUUGAGGGCUGCAAUAGUGUUGACGAAUGCUAUUAAUUCCAAUAAAAAUGAUUCAGCAACACUUC